AUGUCACAGCUACCGGAUGACACACCCUUGCACAAAGUCUCAAUUCCAGGGACUCAUGACACCGGUGCUUUGCACGGCGGAAGGAUAUGUGAAACUCAAAGGUGGACAGUCGCAGAACAGCUGCGCGCAGGCAUAAGAUUCUUGGACAUUCGCUGCCGCAGAGACGGCACUUCCUUCGCGAUACACCACGGUUUCUGUUUUCAGAAGAUGUAUUUUGAAGACGUGCUUCGAGACGUGUCCAUGUUUCUAGCCUCAUCCCCCGGGGAAACCAUUUUGAUGCGCGUCAAGGAAGAGUACAUUCCAAGAGCAGGAAGCAGCUCAUUGCAAGCAAUUUGGGAUUCAUACAUGGAUGAAUUCGGAACGCUCUUCGAGCAAAGCGCUCUUGCCGGGAUCCCCACCCUCGGCAGCGUUAGGGGUUAG